UUCAAACAGUAGAACAAGGAAGUAGCUGCUGUUCGUGCUGCAGACAUCGUACCUGUGUACUGGGAGUUCGUACUACAGUAGUACUAAAGUAUACAAGUACAUACUUGUUUACUUGAGUACUGAGAAAGGGCCAGCGCCGUUUCUCCCGGCUUCGUUCUACGCGCGCGUAUGUUUACCCACAAUGCCCUGCGUUCUAGUCCGCUUCCUGCAUUUGGUUCGCUUGUAGGGAAGUUGCGUUCACGAACGAACGAGGAUUGGAUUGAGAAGAACGGCCGUGAAUACGACUUCAAACUCAUCAUGUUGUCAUGCAAUGUGCACAAGACGCCGACAGGUGGCAAUGGAGGGCAGCUGUGCAUCCGCUCACACUGAAGAAGAAGAAGACGAAGACGAGCACAAACAGCAGACGGACGCACAAUGCAGAGGGGGCAUUGUUCACACAUGCGACCAGCUGAUCGCGCUGAGGGAGCCGGCACUCCUGAUCACAACACGGCCCGAACGUCCGAAGGAACUGACAGAGCAAGUGUCGGGGCUGCAGAGCUGGAGCCAAAGGGAGAGCCAAAGCGAAGGAGCUGUUUCUAUGACGUCAUCAGAUCUCUCUGCGCUGAUGUCAUCGUUGCUGCAGUGCUACCAUGACAUCAGCCCUGUGACGCUGCAGCUGGUGGGCGGGGCUGUGAGCUCCAGUCUUUAUUGUGAGGAGGUGGAGGGUUUGGCGGAGGGGGCGGGGCCUCUGGUGGAGUCCUUCCUGGUGGAGCUGUUCCGCUGUAAACUCUGUCAGUUCACCUGCGGCCUCAAGAGCGCCAUCGACAGCCACCUGGUGCUCACACACCGCGCCCCCGCCCUCACCUAUGUGGGCGGAGCCAAUGAUGUUGAGGGGCCGGACAAUGGAGCUGAGAUGAGGGUCCAGCAGGGGACGUCGCCAUAUCAGCUGGAUCUGAAAGGUGAGUCAAAGCCCAGCGACGACGAGGACUUCCUGCUCUACAACAUGUUAGACAACAUGAGCCCGCCCACCUGUGACAUCAGCACGGAGGCGGGGCUGCAGGUUGCUCAUACCUGUGAGGUCAGCACGCUGUUUGAGGGGGAAGAGUCCAUCUUCUGUCUGAAGGGGACGUCCAUGGACCUGUCCUGUCGAAUUGACUCUGCCUCCACACAGGAGGAGAUGGCUCAGUCCGCCCACCUCAUGACUCUAGGACUGUGUCGCAUCUCCUCCACCAGGCCGCCGCCCCCACCUCCUCCUCCGCCUAAUCUCUCCUCCUCCAGCCCCGCCCAGCCCCCUGAAGACUCCACCCACCUGCCCCAGACACAGAGGAGGGCUUCUUCUGGCAGACGGCGGCUGCCAUGCCGCCUGUGUCCUGCGACGCUGGCAUCGCGCCACCUGCUGGACAUUCACACGCGUUCGCACAGAGCGACGGGCGGUUUUGGCUGCAUCUGCUGCAGCUGGACCGCCCACAGCUGGGCGGAGCUAGAGCCACACUGGAGGAGCCACUGCAUGAGAAGGGGGAGGAGCAGGAAGAGGAGGCGGAGUGAGGGACCAACAAGAGGGAGCAGCUUGGUCACAGCAGCAGACAGAGGGAGGGGCCUGCUGAAUGGACGAGCUGAAGGGAAGAAGGUGGACCAAACAUUCAGCCAAUCAGAUGCCACCGUUCUUGCGGGCAGCGGACCUCAGCACACUUUACUGCAGAGCCACGGCCACAAGACGAGGAGGGGGAAGAAGAUAAAUAAAGAGGAAGAAAAGGUGGAGCGGUUGGGUUUCUGCUGCACACUGUGUCAGAGGAAGUUCUCGUCUCAGCUGACUCUGAGGCGUCACAUGGGCGUCCACAGCAGUGAAAAACCCUUCAUCUGUCCACACUGUUCAUACAGCAGUAGACUGAAGGCGUCACUGCGGCAACACCUGAGGACACACACAGGGGAGAAACCAUACAAAUGCACUGUCUGUUCUUACGCCUCCAUCGACCUCAGUUCUCUGCUCAGACACCAGAGAACUCACAGUAAAGAGAAACCGUACAGGUGUGAGCUGUGUGACUACAGCAGUAUCCAGAAGAAGAGUUUGGACCUUCACGCUCGCCGUCAUCACACAGGUGAGGCGUUUCCAUGCCGACGAUGUGACUACUCCAGUCCUGAUCGACAGCUGCUGCUCAGACACAUUCAACGACACCACGCCUCCUCACAGCCGUAAUCUGUGACAUCACUGCUGGUGCUGACCUCUGAUUGGACAAUUGUCGUGAAAUUCUACUUCUGUGGGGGCGGAACCACCUGACAUCAUCCUGUGAAACAAACUGAUCAAUAACCAAUCAGGUUUCUUUCCUUCUUUAUACGUGCUUCCUUCUUCCUUUCCUUCUUUAUUCUUCC